CUCGUGUAGAGUUCUAAGUUGAUGUUUAUUGUUGCUACGUGUAGUAUUUGUGUCUAGUCGUAUUAUAAUUAGAUUUUGUAUAAUUAAUUAAACAAGCUUGUUUUCUCCAAGUGCUAUUAGUUAUAAGUGACGAUUUAAUCUCAAAGAUGGCCCCAAGAGGACGUUAUUAUCAACGAAGGAUGUCCGAUAAUCCACAGGAGGGUUCCAGUGGCGGUCGGAUACGGGCUCGCGGUUACGUUGGAGGCUCCUCAUCUCGUGGCGGGUACAAUGGAGGAGGUUCGCGUGGAGGGUGGCCAGGGUCCGAUAAUGGAGGCGGCUAUAGAGGAGACCACCGUCAGAAGCCGUACGAUCGCAUGGGAUCGUCAUCGCCAAGUGUUGCGGUAAAGGACGAGUUUUCGGCGCUGGAGUCCCAAGUCAAAAGAGACGGAAGUGGUGAGCCCGGUGGCGGACGAGGUGGCAUGCGCGGAGGGUUCAGAGGUGGCCGUGGAGGUCAACGAGGCAACAGAUAUUUGCCUGAAAUUGUGCACACUCGCAAGGACACGUCGGUUGUCAAGCAGGGAAACAGUGGCCGACCGAUUAUGCUUCAGACCAAUUACUUCCGGCUGCUUCUUAAUGAAGAUGAACGCAUUUUCCAGUAUCGAGUUGACUUCAAUCCCACGAUUGAAGCAAGCAAGAAAAUGAGUGGUCUUUUGUUCCAAAUCAAACCUCAAAUUGGAGGGUACGUAUUCGAUGGAACGCAGCUAUUUUCGCGGACAAAGUUGGAGAACGAUCCAAUGGAAUUUACCGUUAAGGAUAAGUUUACUGAGGACAAUUACCAAAUCACAAUUCGAAGAGUUGGUGAUGUCACGGGCACAAACGAAAAGGCAUUUGUGGUCUAUAAUCUCGUCAAUCGACAUGCCAUGGGCGGCUUGAAGCUGCAGUUGAUUGGACGAAGUUUUUUCGAUCCUGAAGCCAAAGUCUCAAUCAGACAGUAUGGAAUAGAUCUUUACCCUGGAUAUCUCACUAGCAUCCGUCAGCACGAGAAGGAUGUGCUUAUGUGUGCGGAAUUAACACAUAGAGUUAUGCGCACCGAUACCUGCUACUCGCUGUUUGAACACUGCAUGAAUCAGCGUGGAAAUUUUAAGGACAACUACAAACGUAUGGUGUUGGGAACGAUUGUAAUGACCACAUAUGGAAAUAAUCGAACUUACACCAUUUCCGACGUGGAAUUUGACGUUAAUCCGGAGAGUUCCUUCACGACAAAGAAGGGCUCACAAACGUUUACACAAUACUACAAGGAGAAAUACAAUAUCACCAUUCGUGAUCCGCGCCAACCUAUGUUGGUGUCCCGUUCUAAGGCCAGAGACAUUCGAGCUGGUUUGCCAGAGCUGAUCUAUUUGAUACCGGAGUUAUCCCGGAUCACUGGCAUCACCGAUGAUAUGAGACGAGACUUUCACUGUAUGCGAGCGAUCGCUGAUCAUACUCGCUUAAACCCGGACAAACGUAUCCAACGUUUGGAAACAUUCAAUCGGCGCAUGCAACAGUCGAAGGAGAGUUCCGAUGUGUUUAAGUUUUGGAAAACUGAACUCGACCGUCGUUUGGUGGAGGUUCCGGCACGCGUCCUUCAGCCGGAAACUGUCUUUUUCCAUCCAGAGCAGGAAGCUUGCAAGGUACUGGCGGGAGAAAUGGCCGAAUGGCAAAUGGCGUUCCGCAACAACCCGAUGUACUUAACGGUUGCGCUGACCAACUGGUUUGUGGUAGUACCCGGCGGAUCGGAACGGUUAAUCGUUGAUUUUAUGUCCUGCUUGAAACAGGCCGCUUCCCAAAUGUAUUUCCAUAUUGAGGAACCAAGGCGUGUCUCGAUUCCCAACGAUUCUCCGGUUGUCUACGUGGAACAGCUUAGUCAACUGGUCCAGCGCGAUCCGCAGCUGAUUAUGUGUUUGGUAACGAACGAUAAGGCUGACCGUUAUUCAGCCAUUAAGAAGAAAUGCUGCGUAGACCGGGCCGUGCCUACGCAGGUUUUGAAGACCCGAACCAUUACACCCAAGGGUGGAAACGUUCGUACGUUGAUGUCCGUCGCUACCAAGGUGGCGAUCCAGAUGAACUGCAAAUUGGGUGGCAUCCCGUGGGUUAUUAAAAGCCCACUUGCUUCAGUGAUGGUAAUUGGUUACGACGUUUGUAAGGACUCAAAGGAUCGAUCCAGAGGAUACGGAGCAUUAGUAGCUUCCAUGUAUGGCGGAGGCGUUAAACACCCCAAAUACUUCUCUACAGUAAAUCAGCACGCCCACGGAGAAGAGCUGUCCAACUAUCUGGCAUUGAACGUAAUAAAAGCGAUCCGAGCAUAUCAAUCCAGCUUUGGAAACGUUCUACCACAGCGUAUCGUUAUCUAUCGAGAUGGCGUAGGUGAUGGAGAUUUAGGUUACGUCAAUGAACACGAAGUUGGUUCAGUAAAAGAAAAACUGGAGGCCGCCUACAAAGGACAAGAGAUGCAAUCCAAGUUGACCUUCUUCGUUGUCAACAAACGCAUCAAUACCCGCCUGUUCCAUGAUAGAAGAAAUCCAACACCGGGAACCAUAGUCGAUGACGUCAUUACGCUACCAGAGAGGAACGACUUCUUCCUAGUCUCUCAAAGCGUACGACAGGGAACGGUUUCCCCCACUUCAUACAACAUUCUGAAAGACGAAUCUGGACUCAGCGCGGAUCGGUUGCAGCUCUACACAUUCAAGCAGACUCAUAUGUAUUAUAAUUGGUCCGGUACCGUCGGUGUCCCGGCUGUAUGUCAGUACGCCCACAAACUUGCUGCCUUGGCAGGACAGUAUCUCCACCAAGUGCCCAGCACAUGGUUGGAGAAGAAACUCUAUUUCUUGUAGGAUUAAGCAGAUUUAACUUCUUAUAGCAGUUUAUGUUUAUUUGUGGUAAAAAAUCAGCUAAGUGUAUCCGACGUAUGUAGAAUGUGUUUGUGUCACACUUCAACGGAAAUUUUACCUUCUAUGUUUUUUUAAAUCUCAAAAUAAAACAAAUGAGAACACA